UUGUUGUACCUAAAUCGAACGAAACCAUGUCUGGACGCGGAAAAGGCGGAAAAUCCAAGACGAAGGCAAAGACCAGGUCUACGCGUGCGGGACUUCAGUUUCCCGUCGGUCGUAUCCACCGUCUGCUGCGCAAGGGCAGUUACGCCGAACGUGUUGGGGCUGGGGCCCCCGUGUACCUUGCUGCCGUCCUUGAGUACCUCGCCGCUGAGGUCCUGGAGUUGGCUGGCAACGCCGCCCGUGACAACAAGAAAACCAGGAUUAUCCCUCGACAUUUACAGUUGGCCAUCCGUAACGACGAGGAAUUAAAUAAGCUUCUAUCUGGCGUGACCAUCGCCCAAGGUGGUGUCCUACCCAACAUCCAGGCUGUCCUUCUGCCUAAGAAGACCGAGAAGGCCCAGGCUUAAGACUCUCGUAAUUGAAAAAACGGCCCUUUUCAGGGCCACCAGAUGUUAUAGGAUCAUAUAUUAGAAGCAUUCUUUAACAUUUCUUUAAUCGAUUUAACAUAAUAUAUUUAUAUAGAUCGUAUCUGAUAAGUGACAGGAUGCUAUAUAAACGCGGCAUUUACUUCUCAAAUAGCAAACAAAUGCAUUCGAUCCUGCACAAUAAUCCCAUGGUAAUUAAUAAUCUCCGUAAAUACCUCUGCUGAACACCAGGGCUUUUCUGGUCAACAAAACUAGGAAUGAUCUCUUUAGUCUACACAAACGGCCUUUUACAGGAUUGCUUGUCUGUUCGAAUAAAACCAUGUUUUGUAUCUUCUAAAUUAAUUUUAAUAUCGUUUCAGUAGAUUCACGCUUAAUACGUGGGUUAAAUGAAAUGACAUAGGAAACAUUUAUUAUCCGUCAUCCAAAGUCUUUGUCGUGCGUAUAUAACCUGCUAAACGCAUACUGUUCGUCUUGGUUACCCUUUGAUACAUUAUUUAAUCCAAGAAAACCCUACGGACGGUGACAAAAGGUCGUUAAGUCAUGUUUGAUUACAUCCAAAGCUUUUAUACGUGUGUAUCUCAUGAAUGACGUUCUCUUAAAAGAU